AUGCCUUCCUCCCCGCAUUCCAGUGCCUCCUCCCUCUCCACCAUCCCAACCGAGGACCUCAGCUUCGAACCCGUGCGCACCCCCAGCACCAGCCUCCAUCAGACCCAGAGCAACCUUGCCAUCUCGCGCAUCCAAUCCCUCCGCCUCACCCAUGAAUCAACCGUCGGCUCCCGCAGAGGCAGCACCCGGACGCCGCGCGAGCAAUGGCUCCCCAUGGGCGGUGGGAAGGAGUUUCCCCCGCAUCUCCCGGACCCGGAUCAGUAUGUCGUCGAGUUCCUCGACGAGAAGGAUCCGAUGCAUCCGCAUAAUUGGGCCACGGGAACGAAAAUCCUCCUCUCCGCAAUCCUAGCCUACGUGACGUUCGUCUCCUCCUUCGCCUCGGCCAUCUUCUCCUCGACCGUCACCGCCAUCAGCGAACAGUUCCACAUCAGCACCGAAGUGGCCGUCCUAGGCGUGACCCUGUACGUCCUGGGCUUCGCCGCCGGCCCGACGCUGUGGGCGCCCCUAUCCGAACUCUACGGCCGCCGCUGGCCCAUCACUGCCGGCAUCUUCGGGUACAGCGUGUUCACCAUGGGGACGGCGACGGCCAAGGACGUGCAGACGAUCAUGCUCACGCGGUUCUUCGCGGGGCUGUUCGCCGCCAGCCCGCUGGCCAUCGUUCCCGCGGCCUUCGCGGACAUCUACAACAACCGCACGCGCGGGAUCGCCAUCGCCAUGUUCGCCAUGGCCGUGUUCGUGGGGCCCUUCGCGUCGCCCUUCACGGGCGGGUUCAUCACCAUGAGCUAUCUGCACUGGCGCUGGACCAUGUACAUCGCCAGCAUCAUGGGCUUCCUGGGGUUCGCGCUCCUGCUCCUCUUCUACCGCGAGACGUACGCGCCCGCGCUCCUGCAGCAGAAGGCGGCGAUUGUGCGCCGGCAGACCCGGAACUGGGGCAUCCACGCCAAGCAGGACGAGGUGGAGAUCGAUCUGCGCGAGCUGAUCACCGUCAACUUUAGCCGCCCGUUUCGGAUGCUCUUUACCGAGCCGAUUGUGUUUCUGGUCACCCUGUACAUGUCGUUCAUCUAUGGCCUGAUGUAUGCGCUGCUGUCGGCGUACCCCGUGGUGUUUCAGGGGAUUCAUGGGAUGAACUUGGGGGUGGGCAGUUUACCCUUCAUCGGGCUGAUUAUUGGCGAAUUUGCCGGAGGGGCAUACGUGUUAAUGAGUCAGGGGAGCUACACGAAGAAGUUGAUUGCCAACGGAGACGUCCCGGUGCCGGAGUGGAGAUUACCCCCGGCGAUUGUAGGCGGUGCGGCGUUCACAAUUGGAUUGUUUUGGUACGGCUGGACGGGCUGGACACAGUCGAUCCACUGGAUGGCCCCAACCGCUUCUGGAGUAUUCACCGGCUUCGGAAUCUACUGCAUCUUCUUGCAGUGCUUCAACUAUCUUAUUGACUCUUAUCUGCAAUUUGCUGCCUCGGUGUUCGCCGCCAACACGAUCCUCCGGUCGGCGGUGGGCGCAUGCUUUCCCUUGUUCGCCAAGCAGAUGUUCGUCAACCUGGGGGUGCAAUGGGCAGGCACCUUACUGGGAUGCCUCGCCGCAAUCAUGAUUCCCAUCCCACUGGGGUUCAUCCUGUAUGGCCCAGCACUGCGGCGAAAGAGUAAAUUUGCCCCAUCGCCCGUAGUCUUCCAGGAGAAAGCUUGUUGA